CCACCGAACGGGGCCUGCAGUUCAUCGAUAUGAUGAGGAACGCGAGGGACAAGACAGGGCGACCGAUUUCCACGAUCUUCCUGACCCUCCCUGACCGAGAGGUACGCGGACUGACGAUGACUGAAGACGAAGCGGGACAUUGAUUUGCGGUAUAGGACUCUCAAGAAGCAAAAGAUGGAUACUAUAAGCAGACUUUAUUGCCCCUGGCGUUUGAUACAAUCGAGGUCAAAUUGCAACAAAACUCGUACCGGAACAUGACCGAGUUUGAGAGCGAUGUGAAGCGGAUGAUUCUCAACGCAAAAGCUUUCUACCACAAGGCCUCCCUUCAGUACGCGGAUGCGGAACGAGUGCGCAAGACUGCGUCAAAUUUCAUGACGAGGUACAACCCGGCAUAUCGCUCUGGGAAUUAUGUAGCUCAGGCCACACCUAUUCCCGAUUCAAUCCUCGCCGCUGUGAACUCGCUCGGCGCACCGCAAGCUCCGCUAACACCCACGCCCACACCUUCGCAAGCUCCCCAACAACAAACCGUUUCACCUGCACCACCAAAACAAACGAACGGUGUGAAAUCAGAAACACCUGCAGAAACACCCGCAGAGGUUGAUGAAACUCCCGACGCGGACCAGACAGCAGCUGAGGACAUGAGAACCAGAAGUAUGUCUGCCUCGCGCCCAGAAGAGAGGGCUCAUGAGCGAGAUGCGUCGGGGAAGCUCAAUUUCGCUGGAAUGACGUUCCAGCGUGCGCAGGAAAUGAUUAUGGACGAAAUCCUUCAUUAUGAAGAACCCGAGAGUGGAUUGGCCAUCUACACGCCUUUCGUCAACCUCCCAAGCCGCCAACUUGUGGACUAUUAUCAAUUGAUCAAGACUCCGAUCUCAUUGAAAGGGGUCCAGAAGAAAGUCAAGGGGAUUCAGGGUCGUACCACGGCUACGGGAAAGACUCUCCUCCCUACUUGGGAUGCCUUCGAGACUGAGAUGAGUCACAUCUGGAAGAAUGCCCGCGCGUACAAUGAGGACGGCAGUGAUCUCUACAACCUUGCUGGAGAACUUGAGAAACAUUUCCGCGGUCUUCUCGAUGAAGCGAAGCUGCAGGUCGAAGGUCCCAGUGUGAAGCUCAAGCUCAACGCCCCUGCCAAGACGUCUCUCAAACUCCGCCUUGGUGGAGCGAAGGCGAGCCCUGGUCCUCGAACCAAGUCUGAGACUCCUGGAUCUAGUGGAGAAGCCUCGAAAUCUGCUCCUCAGGCCCCUGCUGUCGAUCCUAUUCUCGAACGUCUGCAGUCAUCCAUCCAAAACCCACCAGAUGAUUCACCAUCGGCGAGGGACAUCGCUCCUGACACUGGCUUGACGGUCUUUUCCCGUCCCACCGUCCCGUCUUCCAGUGAUGCCGCGGGCCAACCCACCCCGCCGGUGCCAGGUUUCUUCGCCGAUCCGAGCCAGCCCGUUGCGAAUCCAGAAGGGCGUUUCCCGGCUCCUUCAUUGCCUAUCAUGCCCCCCAUGGAUCCAUAUGCGGAAUUCGGGUUCCCGCGCAUCGAUACUUCUGGCCGUGAGAUCUUCCGCAAGACUGACUCGCAAGGCAAACCCCUCGUCCGUCCCAUAAUGCCUGAGAUCCUCUUCUCCGUCCACCCCCACCUUCACCUCGAGGACCCCUGGAUCGUCUCGACGAAGCCCGAUCCGCACAAGCGCGAAUACUACCACUCGAUCCAAGCCGAUCCGCUCGAGCAUUUCUGGCACAUCCGUCCCCACCUACCGACGUUCCGCAACAACCCCAACUCCCGGAUCUUGGUCACAGUGAACAACGUGCGCCUGCAGGAAGUCGAUGCGCCGGGAUGCCAGCCUGGGAACCGCGAUCCCGAGUACCCAUGGUUCGAGACACGGCUGAUCCCCGGGAUUUGUAAUCGGAUCGAAGUGGAAGCGUUGCAAGGGCCGGUGCAUAUCAAGCCCAUGCAGGCGACUCCGUUCGAGCAGCUGGAGUGGGAGAGGUCCUACCUCUUUAUUCACCUGUUGAGGCAUCCCCAUACUUAUUGACGGAUCGAGAGUGGUUCCGUUUGCAUCCUGGUCUGGCCUUUUUGCGCAUCAGCCGUGGAACGACAUGGUAUCAAAGGGAUCGGCAAGGAAUUCCGGUUUUUAUUUUCGCUUGCGUUUCUCUAUGAGUCGGAUCCAAUGCUCCAUUAGCGCCGUUAGUACCGCGAGGCGUUCAAUUGUCCGCCAAAACCCGGAAAGCGUGUAGCUGAUGACCGAGGCGGUCAUACCAUCAUUAGGGCUUUUCAUAAAGUCCCUCUGAAAUGCCUACCAAUGAUAGGCACGGAUAACGUGAGUUUCAUGUAUAAUUAGCCUCGAGAAUAUCAGAACAGUCCAUUCAAAGUUGAACAACUCC